AUGAUUCCUGCCUCGGGAGCGGCAUCACUCUUAGAGGCGUUCCACUCGCGGCAACAAUACUGCGGGGUUUGCCAUGGCGCCCUGAUGAUCAAGGAUGGCAGGGACAAUGAUAACAAUGGUGCUAUCAUUCGCUCCAGUUCUUCGACUGAAAGCUUUCCACUUCCUUCUGCGGCAUCAGCCAUUGGAACGGUUCAUCCCUGUGGCCAUUUGUUCCACGUCUCGUGUUUUCACAACCACAACAACAAACUUUUGGCCGCUUCUUCGAAAACACGAAAGAAGCGCAGCAAAGGCAAUCCACAAGUAGAGAUAUUCGAGGAUACCAGUGCAGAAGGAGAUGACAGUGUAGAGCUCAAGAACUCUGAAGAAGACGACGACGACGACGACGAGUGCAAAAGGAAAGAAUGCCCUACCUGUGCAAAACAUGCCAGUCUCUUUGUCGAGAUGUCGUCAUCAACCGUUCACAACCUUAACCACAAGAACUUGCCUUCUCAAGAAAUCAUUGAUAACAUGGAAGUGGAUCGUAGCAACACGGAAGAAGAGGAAGAAGAAUCUGUUGAAGAUGAAUACCAAGACUCUGAAGAAGACGAUACCGAUGCAGAUACCGAUAUCAUGAACUACUAUUCCUUCACGUCAGUCGGCGAACAGGAAGACAAUCUAUAUGUCGACACUAUCAAUGUUACUGGAUUUCAUCCUCAUCAUCAUCAAAAUCAUCAUGAAAACCACAUUCCACAACAAUCAAUGAUACCGGUACAGGUGCAGGUGCAGGGCGGUGGAGCGCCGUCGGCCGGACAACCUCGAAUAAUGAAGACUGUUCAAUCGACCGCAUCAACGGAAUACUUCGACGUACAAAACAGCAAUAGUCUGCUGUCCAGCUUAAUGGCCAUGUCUACGACUUCUGUCGAUACCGGCAGCACUACAAGUGAUCACAUCCUCGACGACGAUCCUCCUCAUCAUAAUCAUCAUCACCAUGGCGUCAGUGGACAUAUCGGACCGGUGCAACUACAAUUCUUUGACUCUCGUGCCAUGCCCACGACGCCGGGUAUCAUGAUCACACCGGGAACUCAUGCAAGGCGAAAAGUCAACAAGAAGGUGCGAUUCUUUGACGAUAUGAUCAAUCUUCCGUCUCCAGUGUCGAUUGAUGUCGACGACGCUCGCAAUCCAGCAAGAAUCAUGAAAGCCCUGGCGGACGAAAGGGAUGACGAAGACGACGACGAGGACAAUUACGAUGAUGAGGAUGACCUUGUGUUUCUAACCGACGACGACGUACGCGAUGAGCCUAUUGUUUUGCCCCAGUCAGCCACUACACUACCUCUAGGCGGCCAACAACAAGAAGUGCAAACUCGGAACCCUCCUCGUGACCAAGACAACGAAGAGCACGACGAGGACAUUGACAGUACGAAUUUACCCUUAGCAAGCAUGACGGAAGACAGCCAAGAUGGGGUCCUAGAUUUGGCCAACGCACUGAGACUCCCGAGUAAUGACAGCAAAUCGCUCCUGUGGAACGUCAGCACGUACGAAGAAGAAACCUACAACGACGAAAAGGACCAGGACGAAACGACUCGGCUACGAAAAGAGAUCGACUCUCUACGCAACCAACUGAUACAAUCCGAGCAAGAAAAGGAAGAGCAAGUACAACGACUUGUGCAUCUCACUCGGACGCGGGAAUUCGAUGCUGUCGCAGAUCAGGCAAAACAAAUGCAAAAGCUCAAAAAGGAAAUUGAUGAGCUCAAGAAACAACAGAAGCAGGACCAACAAGAGAUAAUGUCUACCGAAGAGGAGCUUGCCAGCACGCAGGUACGGCUCGAGACAACCAUUGAUGACCAUCGGCAAGAGCAAGCAAAACUCCAGAAACAACUGGAAGACACCCAAGAAGAGUUGGAGCAAGUCAAGUACGAAGUGGAAUGCUGCCAACAGCAAGCAGCGGAACAGACCAAAGCAGCAGCCUCUGAGAAGCAAGCGCUUGAGGCAAGCCAAGAAGAAGCGUUGUACGACAUGAGACAACACCACGAAACCGAGGUGGCUGAGAUCCGAAAGGAGGUUGAAAGUGCAAAAGAAGAAUCAAAACACACAAAAUCACAGCUCGAAGCUUGUCAAAAUGAGCGCGAUGAGGUGCGUGGAGAACUGGAAAUGACAAAGGGAUUAGUAGAUGCUGCUCAGCAGAAGAUGGAAGAAUGCACCAAGAGCGCCGAAGACGAAAAGAUUGAUCUCCUGGCGAAGCAACAACAACAUGAACAGGAUCUGCGGGAAGAGCACAAGGCUGAAUUGGAUAGUUUGAACCAAAGACUCAGUGAGACUCGCGACGAGCUCGAAAAGGCAAAUUCAGAGAAUAAGACAUGCAGGGAACAGCUGGGUGAACUGACGAGGGAAGCCGCCGCUGAGAAAGAAGCCUUGAUCACCCUCCACACGGAAAGUGAAAUCCAGAAAGAUCUGGAGCAUGAGGCGCACGUCAAAGAAUGGCAAGAACGACUUGGACAGGCUGAAAAGAAGCUGGAAGAAGCCGUGCACCAGCUCAUCGAGGUCCAGGAGACGAUGGACCAACAAGCCAAGGCGUUUGAGGACGAGAAACAAGCUAUCAAUAUUGCACAAAAAAAGGGGCUUGCUGAACUGGAACAAAAUUCCAAUGAGAAACUGAACGCAGUCACUCAGCAACUGGAGCACGAGAAGAGCACGAAUGUGCAGCUUCAAGGUCAACUCCAGCAAGCUCAGGCAGACGCAGAACAGUCAUUCAUUGAGCUGAAAUCUGAACUUGAUAAUGAAAAGCAGCUGUCUCAGGAGCUAGAAUUCAAAGUAUCGCAAGUCCAGGCACAUGCUGAAUCUUACAGCAAUGAGCUCACCAGCAAGUUGGAUCUAUCCACUCAACACAACAAAGAACUCGACUCGGAGCUGGCGAACGCCAAAAAUGAAAUUGACUCAUCUAAAGAAGAAAUCAUUGCUCUCCGCCAGGCAAAUACUGAGCUUUCAGCACAAUUUGAACAAGCGCAAACCCAACUGCAAACGGCUGAAAUAGAGCUCCUGGUAGCCAACCAGUCCAAUUCAUACUUUCAGUCACAACUUGAGCAAGUCAAGACUGAACUACAGUCUUCUGAAGAUGAGCUGUUGGAAUCGAUUCAGUCCAACACAGAACUGGAGUCCGAGAAAAAGCAACAUGCUGAAUCUUUCGCAGAACUCAAGUCGCAGCUUGAUGAAGUGAGCAACCAACUCCGCUCAUCGGAAGAGAACCUUCUUGUGUCGAAUCAGUCGUACAAAGAACUGGAAUCAAAGCUUGAGGAAGCCAAGAAUCAGCUCUGCUCUUACGACGACAGGCUUCUGGUCUCCACGCAGACAGUCACUGAACUUGAGGUCCACCUUGAGGAAGUCAAGAACCAGCUACACGCUUCAGAGGACGAACAUGCUCAAUCCAUCAAAGAACUCGAAACUCAACUCGAGGAAGUCAGAAACCAGCUUCGAUCAUCGGAAGAUGAACUGAGACUAGAGCUAGCGGAACAAAGUGACAGGAAUAGAACACUCAGCUCUGACCUCCAGGAAGUGAAAGAGGAGCUGGAAGAUGAGAAGCAAAACAACGCAAAGCUCGAAGCUGAGCUGAGACUAGAGCUCGCGUUUCAAACCGACAGGAACGGAACACUCAACUCUGACCUUCUGGAAGUGAAAGAGGAGUUAGAAGAUGAGAAGCAAAACAACGCAAAGCUGGAAGCUGAGCUGAGACAAGAGCUAGCGGAACAAACCGACAGGAUUGGAACACUCCACUCUGACCUGCAGGGAGUGAAAGUCGAGUUGGAAGAUGAGAAGCAAAACAAUGCAAAGCUCGAAGCUGAGCUCAAGCUUGCCCACGGGCAGUUGGAGGAAGCUACAUCGAGGGAACCAGAACUUGAAACUCAGAAACAGAAGAAUGCAGAGCUUGAAUCUGAGCUCACGCGCACACUGAAGCUAUUGGAAGACUCCAGCGCCGAGUUACAGGAACUCGAGAGACUAAAGGAUGUCAACGCUGACCUUGAGUCUAGGCUUGAGGACACCCAAAACCGAUUCGAAAUCGCCAGCGCCGAGCUGCAAGAGAUUAGGUCCGUCAACCUUGAGGAAACGGAAGAAAUGAUGAUGGUCAAGACAGAACUGGAGGCCACAAGAAGGGACAUGGAAAUUCUGAUUUCGAACAUGCAGGAAUCCGAAAGGGAGCUAUUGAUGCAACGAAUGGAGCUCAACGCUGCCAAGCAAGCACUGGCUUCGUCCACCAAUGGACUAGACUUGGAACGAACGAGCACAAGCACCAGUCUAGGCAGUGUGAAUGGCGCGGACGACUUUGGCAGAGCUGAAGCACUCCAAGAAGAGCUCGUAUUUGUCAAGAAGGAGUUAGCAGCAAAGAAUGCCUUUAUUCGCGGCCAGCUCAGUAUUGCCAAGGGAAAGCUGAUUGAAUACGUCCGAACCAAAGAAGGAGAGUUGGAACACACCAAGAAGGAGCUGGCACAAACCAAGCAAGCUCUCAAAAACAAGAACGGUACGUUUGCGAAACAGCUUCAAAUAACGGAGCAAGAACUUCUAGAAUUGGCGUCCAUGAAAGAAACACUGUUGACAACCAUGAAUGAUCUGGCCGAGAAGAACAGUGUCAUUACAAAGGAGCUGGAAGACGCCAAGGACGAACUAGCUUUCUUAGCAGAAACGAAACGACAACUGAAGGGGACUGAGCAAGCUCUCUCUGCGACAAAUAUCAAGCUUUGGAGUACGUUUGCUGUAUUUGCAGUGUUUAUGGGCCACUGCGCAAAUACGAGGUUCUUCUCGAAGAACAAAGAGGAAGAAGACCAAAUGCACGAAGUUCCACAGCUUGAAUCAGAGUUUGAUUGA